AUGGUGGUGAUCGGAGGUGGCGCUACUACUAGUUUCGAAUCCCUGAUGAACGAUCUGAUGAGGAAGGACGGCCAACCACCGACGCCUCAAACGUCGAUUGACGCCAUGCUGACUGUGGAGAUAAAAGGUACGGAUGAAAUAGAGAGUUUAGGGGCUUAUAACUUUUAUGAAAAAUUCAUGCAAAUAAUGAAACCUAGACCAGUGCAGGCUGCAAGUAUUCCUGCAAUGCUUGGAAUGUUUCAAAAUGAAUGGGAUGCUUUGGUGUUAUCUACUUUUGCAUCAGAGCAAAAAUUACAUACAACAAGGCAAGAGCUUAUUCAUUGUUUAUACCAGCAUGAUUCAGCUUGUCGGGUGAUUGCAAGAUUAAAGAAAGAACUUGAUGAAGCAAGGACAAUGUUGUCAAGUUUAGAAAGACAAGCACCAAUGCCAGCAACAACAACAGUCUCAUCAAAUGCUUAUGCUAUAAGUAAUGGGAAAAGAGCUGCUACUGAGGAUGAUGAGUUUGGUCCUAAUGGUAAGAAAUUUUGCCCUGGAAUUUCUUCUAGUAUCGUAACCGAAUUAACAGACUGCAAGGCUUCACUUUCACAGCAAAAGAAGAAAAGACAAGUAUCAUGGAUUCUGAAAGAACUGGAAUUCAAGAUUCCAUUCCAUGGCUUGUUUGAUUUUUGCAUUCUGACCCAAUUAGAAUUCAAGAUUCCAUUGUAUGGCAUGUUUAUUCCUCCCACAUUGGUUCCAUUGGAUGCUAUUGAGAGGUAUACACAGCUCAACAGUUGCCCUCUUCAUAAAACAAACAAAGCUGGAAUAUUUUCUAUUGACAUCCAUCAAUCAAAGGAUCUUAUUGCUACUGGUGGAGUUGAUAUGAAUGUUGUAGUCUUUAAUCGAUCUUUAGGGGAAAUUGUAUCUACACUCAGUGGCCACUCCAAGAACAUAACUUUUGGUGUCCCCUUAAGUACUGAAUCGAUAAAGUGUUUUGAAUAGGUAAUGAUUUAUGUUGAUGUAAAUAUUGUUUUUAUUUUUCAUACCGAAUGCACUGUCUCAAAACAAAAGACUAUUUUACCCUCAUGUUAAAAAAGUACAAGGGUUGGAUUGUCAUGGGAAAACCCUAUCAAAUUUUUUUUUCAGAUAUAUGUAUUUAUUUUAGGACAGUUUUUGUGAUUGUUUUUCUCCCAUAAUGACAUGUCCUGUAAAAAAAAUCAUGUUAUGUGACUGCAUAUGUAUUUCACUCACAUGGACCAUUUAUGUAAUCAUUU